GUGAAGUGGGUUGAUUGAACCUGUGGGCUUCUGUUCACUACUGUGCAGUUUUAUGAUCUUUGACAUUAAGAUCAUUUUGUGAGUAUAUGUGCUGCAUGUGAUCAUUCCCAUGGCGGUCGCAUAUCAAACUCCUGGACGACUGAACCUUCAUUUCGGCUAGGGAGCUCUUCACGCAACAGCUUCUCCAGGACACCUUCUUUCUCGCUGGCACGUCCCUCUCCACCUUCCCUUCCCGACCUGCUGAGCCAUGUCGGAGUUGAUGGUGGCUCUGGUGCAAGCCUCGGAGAAGGCGGCCAACAUCGCCCGCUCGUGCCGCCAAGAGGAGGCUCUCUUCAGCCUACUUAUCGAGGAGAAGAAGAGCGGCAGUCGGAGAGCGACCGCCGACUUCAAAACCCUCGCAGACGUCCUGGUCCAAGAAGUUAUCAAGCACGACAUAGGAAAACGGUUCCCAGGUUUAGAAAACAACAUAUUUGGUGAAGAAACAAACGAGUUCAUGAAUGGAUUAGGAGAGCACAUCCAGGUGAUGGUGUGUGAGCGAGAGGAGGACACGGCCAGGCUGCUCAGCAAGGUCCUGGACGGCAACAUGCAGGCCGCGGAGGCCCUGGCCUCAGCCGCACACCAGGACAUCAUCAUCCCCGACCUGCACACCGGCUCCAUCUCCAUCCCCAUACACAACCUGGGCGUAUGGGUCGACCCUAUAGACUCCACGUUCCAGUACAUUAAGGGCAUCAAUAACUGUGUGCCGGAGGACAGCAUCUACAGCCGAGGCCUGCAGUGUGUGACGGUGCUCAUCGGGGCAUACGACCUGCACACGGGGGAGCCCGUCAUGGGGGUCAUCAACCAGCCGUUCGCACUCAUGGACGACAGCAAGAGGUGGCAAGGCAGGUUCUUCUGGGGCAUCUCCAAUGGACCGCACAGCAUCAGCUCCAUGUCCCCCACCACAGACUUACCCCCCUCCUCCAGGAGGGUAGCGGACCACGCGCUCCCUCCACACCCCCACCCCCACUCCACAGACCCCACCGGCAGCCCUCCAGGGGAGGUGGAGGUGGUGGUGCCCCCCCAGCCCACAUGCAGACUCUCAGCUGUCCUCAGCACCCGGGAGGUCAAACCAGUCAAGGCCCUGCUCCAGGACUGCUGCAGCGGGGGGGUGUAUUACGCCUCUGGGGCGGGCUACAAGGCCCUGUGUGUGGUCCUGGGUCUGGUGGACGUGUACGUCUUCACCGAGGACUCCACUUACAAGUGGGACAGCUGCGGGCCGCACGCCCUACUGAGGGCCAUGGGAGGGGGCAUGGCGGACCUGAAGGAGUGCCUGCGACAAAGGAAGGCUGGAGGUCUGGAGGCGGAGAGGCCGGAGUUGAUGUACCACUUGCCCAUCGAGGAGGCCUCGGGAGUGGACCGUUGGGCCAACAGGGACGGCCUGGUGGCCUACAGAUCCAGGGCCGACCUGGAAACAGUUCUGCAGCUGCUGACGAGGAUUGAGUUAUAAAGACUUGAAUUAUAAAGGGUCCGAAAUGAAAUGUUCACUCAUUGACUGUUACUGAAGACACUACAGUGGUAUUGCGUCAUCUAGGGGAAGAGCUACCGGUAAUUGUUUUGUUUCAUCGCAUAGUGAGCCAUGGAGUGAACAAGGGAACUUUUUCGGACUCUGCUGUGGUGGAUUUGGAUCAGAGUCGGAUCAGUGCAAUAAGACUCGUUUGUUUGUUUUGCUCAAAUAUGGCAUUGUAUUGUUUGUUUUUAAUUUGUAGGGGAGAGUGUUACAUAAUGCUUUUAAUUAUUUUUCUAAUGUGUAUAUUUAUAUUUCGUGGUAACAUAAUUAUUUUUGAGCACUACAAAGACAAUGCACUGUCACAGCAAACACUGUUUAAGAUGUUAUUUAUCUCUAGUGCCCUUUUAGUUCAUUCAUUUCAAGUUUGAAACUGGCAGCAGUUGAUGCAGUUAUUUAUGGUGUGAAACUAUUUUUUUUUGUACCAACAUAGUCUGAAUGAAGUGUCUGGAGGAAAGACUUGUCAUAUUUGUGCGUUUCAGCGCAAAUAACGUUUACAUGAUGCACAAACCAGAUUAAACGGUGGUUUCAACAUGAAAAA